ACAAGCGGGAAUAAACAAAUAAAUAAAGAGAGCGAGAGAGAGAUAGAGAGUAGAAAAUGCUCGCCCCAAACCUAACACACACACCCCUCACCCGCACCCUCCUAAUCUACACAAUCGCCUCCUCCGCCCUCCUCUCCAUCCUCGACAGCAAACACCUCGCCAGCAUCCACAUCGCGCCGCACUUCUGGCCGUACGGGCAGUUCUGGCGCGCGCUGAUCUGGCAAGUAGCCGGGUUUGCGAACUCCACGGAGGCGCUGUUCGCUGCGCUGCUGGUUUAUCAUUUGAGGGUUGUGGAGAGGGGGUGGGGGGGGCGGAAGGUUGCUACAUUCAUCCUCUCGACACUGCCCUACACGACUCUUCUCCCGCCGCUACUACUCACCACCAUCCUCUGCCCUCUCACGCUGCACAAGCUCAACUAUCUCCCCUCGGGCCCGACGGCAACGAUAUUCGCCCUGCUCGUGCAGUAUUACGUGGAGGUUCCGCAUACGGUUUCUUAUCGCAUAUCCACCUCCUCUUCAUCAUCAUCAUCAUCUCCCUCCACUCCCUCUACUGCCUCCUCGACAAACCCCCCCGAAGACCAACCCCAACAACAACAACAACAACAACAACAAGAAACAGAAAAAGCAACCGGAAUCCUCCUAACAGACAAAUCCCCCGUCUACCUCGUCGCGGCCCAACUCGCCCUCUCGCAGUUCCCGGCGAUGUUCCUCCCCGCGCUGAUAGGCUGGGGGGUGGGGUUUGCGUGGCGCGCAGAGGUGUUGCCUUUUUUGGGCUCGGGGUCUUCUGGGAGGAGGGUUCCGGCUUGGGUUGUGGGUGAGAGGGAUUCUGUCUCUAGGUCUGGGGUUGGGUCUGGGUUUGCGGAUAUGAGGUCUGGGGGGGAGGGGGACGGUGGGAGGUAUGAGGGGUUGAGGAGGAGGUUGGAGGGGGAGGCUUCUGCUGUUGCGGCUGCUUCUGGGAGUGGGAGUGGAGAGGGGAGGCAGAGGAGGAGAGAUUGA